AUGUCUACGCCAUACUGGGGCCAGUUGCCCGGACCAAAGGUCGCCCAGGGCCAUAGCCGCCGCAGGUCUGAGUCGGACAACUAUACCUAUAAUGCUGACCGUAGAUCUUCGCUCGAAGCUGCCCCAGUUCGCAAAUCGAAUCCGAACCGUGCUUCUUCACAAACCCAGGGUACUGAAGCUCUUUCUGAAUCUACCUUUAGUCCCUAUGAUUCUCCUACCACUCCUGGUUUCGCUCCUCAAGGUCUAGCUCCCAGACCAUCUUCAUACCGCCGAGACCUCACUGUUGGAGAGUCUUCAAAACCGCGCUACAACACCCGACAGCAGCAGCAAGACUACGACGACGAGCCAUUGUCGCCUGCUCAAGACGCUCCUCGCGGUCCUCCUGCAAACUAUCACCAUCCAUACGGUAACGGAGGUCCUUCUAAUACCUACACCGCUCCCGAUCCUAACCCACAAGACGACGAUAUGGAAGACGACCAGUACCAGCGCUCCUCCCAGAGGACUGGAGGUCAAAGAUAUGACCAAGGCCAAGAUGAUUUCUCAAGACGAGGUUCGAGCGCCAGCGCAUACGAUCAAUUGCCUAGGAGAACAACAACAACAACAGGCGGGUCAUCAAAACGUCAAAAAGCGUACGCAGACGACCGAUCACCCCUCCAAAGGCUAGAGUUGACGCUCGAUAGUAUGACCAAGGAGGAAAAGCGCGCCCGAGUAGAAGCCGCCGAAAAACGCGCCAGAGCAAGGCAACAAGCCAUGAAAGCUGGAAAGCAACCCGCAAGCGGCCCGCAAGUGCAGCAGUCGCAAGAACGAAAACCCUCCAUCACAUAUAGCGAGAGGCGUCCAUCAGGUGGUGGAGCCUUCUUUUCAGCUGGACAGCCUUCGGCGCACAGAGAUGCUUCACAAAACUACUCCAGAGAAGCACCAAGAGAGGCUCAAAGAGAUGCACAACGCGAUGUUCCACAAGACAUAUACCAAGACAUUCCACCGCAGAAUGCGCCCAGAGAAGAGACUGCUUCUCCAUUUGUGUACCAGGAGCUACCUCCUCAAGUCACUGUACAAAGAGGCCAUUCGCAUCGCCGCCGCAGUUCUGUUGCGCAACGGCCAGCAGAUGACAUGACUUUUGCAUCAGGCGCAUUGCGACAGCCAGAAGAAGUUGAGCCUGCGCCCAUGCGCAUGGAACCUCAAUCUGCCGUUCCCAGAACCGUUGAGCCAGCCUCUGGUAUUCCCCAGCGCAACCUGAGUUUCCUCGAACGAGCGGCUCGAGAUAACGCACAACUUCCUGAACAGUCUGCGCCAAUGCCGAUGCCAAUGCCACAAACCCAACCAGUUCAGGCACCUGCGCAAAGUAGUGGGUUCUCUCUGACCAGAAGUGGCAGCAACAAGCUCAGGAAACCACCUCCACCUGAACUUAACUAUCCUCGCAGGGUCAUGUCCGAAAGACGCGCUCCUGCUGGACCCCCCAUUUCAAAAUACUGCCACCAGUUUGAUGAUGAUUAUUAUUAUGACGACCAAGAUGACCUACUUCCCGCUCGACAGAUUCCCCAAGAACUCCCUACCCGACAGAACACCCGAGAGGUUACUCAAGAACUUGAUGACCGCUUUACCAGGGAGAAGGAGCUCCCUCCCAACCCUCCACAGACCACAGAUGCGCCGAUUGAAUUCAUACCGACCCGUCAACAGAUGCCUAUGCCUGGCGAUAACCAAGGCAUCAAGAGACGCGUUACUGACCCUGCCCCUAGGGUUCAGUAUGCUGAUGAGGAUGAGUUCAUCCCGCCUCCCCAACGCACCAAGUCCAUUGGCACCAGGCUGCUUGGCAGAAAGGACGAUGAUGGAUUUCAAGCUCAGAACCAGGCAGCUGUCCUCAGGAAAGCCGACCGUGCAGACAGCUUUUCUUCUGAAAGCUCUGAAGGACACCAUGUUUCAAACAUGGUAUUCAAGCGUCCAGAAGAGAUGGUCCCUGGUGAUGGCCUUUACCUCCCACCUCAAUGGCUGGACGAGUGGAGGAAGGGAACUGUUGGUACCUUGUCUGGAAGCUACUUGGAUAUUCAAGAUGGUCCCGUUGCUGAGUCAGACGCGCACCAGGCUUGGUGGGAGCAGGAUAAGAGGAAGAGCUUCUCCGCGCCACGAAACGCCGAGGCUUUCGAUGGCGAGUAUGAUGAGCAGACCCCUACUCGCUUCAAGCCUCCGCUUUUCAUGAAGUGCGGUCCGCUUUUGAGAUAUUGCGGAAUCAAGCGUGAGAAGGUCCCCAACAGAGCUGGUAACCUGGCCGAGCGAGAAAUGUGGCGUGGCAGCAUUAUGAUUGUCACUCAGGAUUCUGACUCUUCAUAUGACAUCGCACCCACUCUGCGACUCUUUGUUCAAAGUCUCGACCUGCUGCCAGCACCUCCCCACAGCAUCAAGGGAGACCUGUCUCCUGAGUUUAUCGACCCCAUCGCUGGCCACCCCAAGGUGGGCCGUAGAGGAGAAACCCUCUAUGUGCGCCCUGUGGAGCAUCUGGAGGAGUCAAAGGACCUUUCUCGUGACGAGACUGAUGCGGGACUCUUUGAGCAAACCAUCACCCCGCUCGAGCUUCCCGGUCCCGAUGGCCCAGCUGAGCUGCCCGGCUCAUUUGCUAACCGCAGAAAGCGGGCAGGCGCUGAUGGCGAGAAGGUCCAGAAGUACAAGGACAUCAGAGGGUUCAGACUCCAUGCCGAGCGUGGAUGUACUUUCUGGCGCUUCAACAUCGAGGUUGAGUUGCGUGAGGGACAGCAGCAGCGCAUUGCAUACCGUAUCAACCGUGGCCCCGCCACAGGCUUCUGGGUCCCUGCCAAGGGCGAGACGAUGAACAUGAUGUUCCACAGCUGCAACGGCUUCAGCUCGAGUGUGAAGCCUGAUGAGCUUAGCGGACCUGACCCUAUGUGGCGUGAUGUGUUGAACAGCCACCAAUCUCGACCUUUCCAUCUUAUGAUUGGAGGUGGUGACCAGAUCUACAACGACUGUGUGUCAAAGGAAUGCAGUCUUUUCAAGGAGUGGCUCAACAUUCGCAACCCUGUCCACAAGCACACUGCCGCUCUCACCCCUGAGAUGCAGAACGAGCUGGAAACAUUUUACCUGGAGAGGUACUGCAUGUGGUUCUCUCAAGGCCUGUUUGGUCUUGCCAACUCACAGAUUCCCAUGGUCAACAUGUGGGAUGACCAUGAUAUCUUUGACGGAUAUGGCUCGUAUCCCCACCACGAUAUGAAGUCCCCAAUCAUGAGUGGCUUGGGUGCUGUCGCGCACAAGUACUAUAUGUUGUUCCAGCACCAGUCUAUUAUGACUGAGCUGGAAAACACUGAACCAAGCUGGAUCCUUGGUAAUGAGCCCGGCCCAUACAUCAAUGAGCUUGGUCGCAGUCUGUUCUUGUCUGUUGGCUCAAAGGUCGGACUUCUCGCUGUGGAUUGCCGCACAGAAAGGACGGAGCAUGAUGUUGUCUCUGAUAAGACGUGGGAGAAGAUCAUGAACCGUCUCUACGCUGAGGUCCGCCGUGGCCAGGUUGAGCAUCUCCUGACAUCCAGACUCAUGGACCCCGUCAAGGCACUCGGACGCACCGGUGUCUUGGGCAAGGCCCUAAACAACAUCGAUGGCGGUGUUGAAGUCUUAGAUGAUCUCAACGACCACUGGACUGCCAAGAGUCACAAGCAGGAGCGAUCUGUCGUGAUCGAGGACUUGCAAGAUCUUGCCAUUGACAAGUCUCUUCGAGUCACCAUCCUCAGUGGUGACGUCCACCUUGCUGCUGUUGGACAGUUUUACUCCAACCCCAAGCUUGGACUUGCUAAACACAAGGACCCGCGAUACAUGCCCAACAUUAUCUCAUCAGCCAUCGCCAACACACCGCCCCCUGAUUUGAUGGCUGAUGUGCUGAACAAGAGGAACAAGGUGCACCACUUUGACAAGCAGACUGACGAAGACAUGAUUCCCCUCUUCCAGCAGGGAGUUGAUGGCAAGCCAAGAAACAACAAGCAUCUCCUCCCUCACCGAAACUGGUGCGCCAUCCGUGAGUGGCAGCCAGGUACCACGCCACCACCUACACCUCCUGGGUCUGAUGGAAGAAGCUCAAGCCCUCCUCCCAAGGGUGGCCUUCUCCGAAGGUUGUCCCUCUCCAGGAGCAAGUCUACGUCUUCCGAUACUCGACCCGACUUUAGCAGAGAGACUGUCCGCGGUGGAUCCCGACCCCCCGUUACGCGAGGAGGUGGUAGUCUGUUCCGCAGCUUGUCACGACGCAACUCGACAAGUUCCGAACGUCCUCCUGCAGCCAAGCUUCAGCGAUCCAUGUCUGUUGACCAAGCCCCUGAAGGCAAAAAGUCAGGAUUCUUCGGCUUCAUUCGACGACCUAGUCAGCGCCGUGCUGCUGAUAAUGGUGGCAUGAACGGCGAAUGGGACGACCCUUACUAUGAUGAUCCGGACUACUACGAGGAGCCUCUGUCUCCUCGCCGUGGAGACCCUGGCCCUUCGGGCAUGCGAGGUGGUGCCGCAUACGAUGAGUACACCGAGGGUGACGACUCAUACUUUAUGGCGGCCCGACCACUUCAGCGAGCCCAGACUGUUGGAUCGCGAGCCAUGUCACACUCGCGAGAGGCCGUGGGCCCCAUGGCGCCCAUGCCUCGUCCUGGAGACUUUUAUAGGACACCUACUGGCCUUUCAACAAAGCAAAAGAAGCAGGCAGACAAGUACAGCGUUGAUCUCGAGGGUGGACUAGACAUCACCCUGAAUGUCGAGAUCAACCCCAAGGACCCUGCCGGAAUCACCAAGCCAUACCGGCUUUUAGUACCAAAGCUCUUUUAUGACUAUGAAAACGAGAACGAGAAUGACGCGGGAGCUGUUCCAGAGCAGGACCCAGAGAUGGCCCAGGCUGGAACUGCAGAAGCUCCUGAACCAACUGGGUUCAAGAGACUUCUCAGCUUCCGCAAGAAGGCGAAGAACCGUCCUCCACCAGAGAAUGACGAUUAUAGUGAAGACGAUGAUGACGUCAUUGAUGUUUAUCGCGUAAGAUAAGUCUAAGAAGGACUAUCUAUUGCGUGUUUUUGGAUUUUUCUGCAUAUGACUUGAUUAUAUGCCCAUUGGCAUACGGAUGGAGUUUUGGAGAUAUUUAGGGAUAGAAAUGAUUGAUCUCUUUAGGGAUAAAUCUAGCUUUUAGUACAUACGGCCGUCUCAAAAGCAGGCGUGUAUAAUUUUGGUUCAAAAUAUGAAUGAAAUAUGAGCGAAAUAUGAGCGUUUGUCUCUUUGAUACUCUUCCCCUU